UGACGACACAUGAAAUGGUGACGCAGGACCAGACGUUUCCUUGUGGCCUAUGAUUCACAGGCGUCCGUUUCUACACCUUUUGCUUACAUAAGAAAACCCAGGGAAUCUUCGGGUGCACCAGACAUUGCGUGAUGAACUGUACCUGAACCUCAAGUUGCCCUUCUCCUUUCCUUAUAAAUAAUGGCAGCUCACCGGAGUUGAACCGGCUCGCUCAUCUCUCGACCGCCACUCUCCCCCCUUUCUACAGAGUUCUCGGAUGCCUUCCUUCAGUGGCUCGCAGGGAGCGGCUCUAGCCACCGCCGUCGUCGUCUCCGGCACCGUAAUUCUCAUGGUUUUCCGCCGCAAAGGGAUAUUUCCGGUUGCCCAUUUGGAGGCAGCGGCCGACAGUCCACGGCCAUGUAUCGCUUCAGGGAAGAAGAGGAACACGAAGACGAAGAGCAAGAAAAGGGUGCGUUUCGCUCACGAUGUGUUGGAGCCAUCUGGGAACAACGAAGAGUUCAGAAGGAAGCACACCCUUGCCCUGAAACUGAGAUACGAAGGGCAGGCGGGAAACCAGGACCGCGCGCCGGCGGAGCAGGAGAAAACCACCAAGCAAGUCUGCCGGAAAGUUAGGAACAUGCCGGAAAACCAGGCGGUCCUGUACAAUGGGAUCUUGAGAGAUCGUGUCAGAAGAAUGGCAGCAUCCUACUGAUUCAACCGGAAAACCGGGUGGUAUUCAAUUCCCUUCACUGCAUCGCGAUCGUGCAGUUGUAUAGUUUUUUCUGUUUUGGCAUCGAUGGAAGAGGGCAUGAACGCCAUUGCCUCUGUAGGAAUUAACCAUGGUUGUAAAUAUCGAUCGGUUGUCGUCAAACUUCCGAUCCCCACCAUGAAUUUCGUAAGGAAUCGGGAAAUCCAAGCUUUUACUGAAUUUUCUCAGACGUCUGAAGCCCGUCCGUUUCCGGUAGACUUUGGACCAACUGCUCCGGGCCAACUACUGCCAUUAUUGUGCCUUUACUGUGCGCCACGUGAUCCACCAUGAUUAUCGAUCAGUCCACCUUCCACACUCGUGGUUUCUUUUCCCUUUUUAUUGUGCAAUUUUACAAAUCCAGGUCAAGCCAAGGAAGCAGGGGCGAUGAACAUGGUGGCUUAUGUGGCGGAGGAGGGCAUGUGCCGUGUCGCGACCAAACAUGCCGGCCAUGUGUCCCUCCAUGUGCGUGGGGUGGCAUCCUUCCUUUUCCUAUUCUUUCAGAUAUGAAGUCUGUCAUACCUACCACGCUCCAGAAGCAGCCAAAACGACAAGUUUUGAUAUGGAAUCUUAUAUCUAAAGUCUU